GCUAUCUUACAGAUCGGCUCUGAUAACAGCUCGAUGCGGACCUGCCGGGCUUUAAUUCCCUUUAACUGUGACCCUGAUCGCUCUGAAGUUGAUUCCAGUAGAGUCAACACAGAAGUGGGAGGCAGUGAAGGAGGAGCAGCAGCAGCCUACCUGGUCCUUUUAGCCCACACCUCUAUAAUGUCCCCACGGCUCUGCCCACACUGACCGCCUUCUCCGUGCAGAAAGAGACGGCUAGUAUGCAGCAGAACUGUCGCAGUUUUUCCACGAAGUGGCGCUGCUGAGAAACGAUCAGUCGGGGCUGUACUGCUGGCGCCGCCAUGGAUGACUUCACUACAAGGACAUAUGGCACGAGCGGCCCGGACAACAGACCGCUGUUUGGAGAGACGUCCGCUCGGGAUCGAAUCAUCAACACGGCGGUGGGGGGAUUUACGUCUGUGGUGGUUCUGGUGACUGUCAUCUGUUCCUUUGUGUUUCCCACGAUGCCUCCGCGGCCGCUGAACAUCUUCUUCGCCGUGUGCAUCCUGCUGACCUGCAGCUCCACGUUAGUGCUGAUAUUCUGGUACCGGCAGGGCGACCUGGAGCCCAAAUUCAGGAAUCUGAUCUACUUCAUGCUGGCGUCCAUCGUGCUGCUGUGUAUAUGUGCCAACCUCUACUUCCACGACGUCAGGUAAAGGCAGGGCCAAGGAAGGCGAGCGGGAACAAGGGAACAUGUGGCCUUCAUGAGCAGGACCAGCGUGAAGGAGUCACAUGACCAAAAUAAUAACUGUUACACAAACUUGAACCUGGUGUGGAAUCAGCACCAGUGGGAACUGUGCACAGAGACUGGACUCAGUGUGGGAUGAUGAUGUACUGUAAGAGGCGACAAACUGCUGGAGCACAACACACAGUCGACUGUGUUUACACGCACGAAAAAUCCACCUCUGAUUCUCAGUCGCUUUAAAUCUGACGUCUUUUACAUUCAUCUUUCCUUCACUCUCACGUUUGAUCUGCAGUUCUUUAAAGAUAUGAGUUUUGAUCAUUAAACUCCAACAAAACGCCAUCAAAGGUCCCAUUAACAGGACAGCAGGAGGCAGGAAUGCAGGCUGGAUGUCAGAGAGCUCCUUUACUCACCAGCUUCGCUCUGUUUUUUUCCCACCCCACUCAUAUUUAAGGGGCCACUUCACUGGAGGGCGAUAGAGUUACAGGCUGGAUAAAGAUGUUUAGAGGGUGAUGGAAUGACGACAACACCAGAGAGGAAGUGUCCGAAAACAAAACCUGUAGUUCCUCUAGUGGCCACUAGAGGCUGGCACCAGCAGUGAGUCGGUCUCCAUAGACUCCCUUGUUAAAACACAGAAAUAAACAUAUUUUUAUCCUGUACAAACAUUGUUCAAACCUUUAACAGCUGCAGCAGAGAUGAACCAUGGUGGUGCCCAACAAACCUGUGACGUCACAAUGGCCAUGUCCAUCUUUUAUAUACAGACUGUGGACAUUAUGAAGGCAUAAACAUGUUUUAUCCUAAAUCUUCUUCCAAAGUGGACUUAUCAGAACAAUUCAAACAUUCAAACAUAGAGAAGCUCACAAAGGGAACAAAGGACCAGGCCACUGUCAUACCAUAACCUCAUCUUAUCUGUUAGUCUGAGAAUCUGCUAAUUAUGGAUUAUAGUAUGCCAUGGCACCACCCCCCCUUCUCAGGAGAGCAAACGGAAGCUAAUGGUGGUGUGUGGUCUGGUACCAUUAAUUAAUAUAAAAACCCAUAGUGGUGCAUUCAGGGGGCUUUCUGUCCUCAGCCCAAAUUCAGAUGUAUUCUGCUGCUGUUACCUGCUCAGGUGAGAACCAGGUGAGCUUUUACUUUAACCUGGAUGCAGGCUGUGAGCAUGGAGGGAAGCAGCUGUUCAGUACUGUAGACGUUAGCAGGCGGCUGUAGCAGCACAUCGGAAAUAUGCAAACCUGUGUUUUCUCCGUCUGUCGGCUUCUGAUAACCGUGUAUGUAAUUACUGUCCACAUGUAGCUGAGAGGAUUUUAAGUUGGAUUUAAAUGCCGAAUUACACCGACUGCCAAUUCUUUGCACUAAGCAUUUCUAAAUCACACACUCUCUCUCUCUCUCCCUUUUUCUCUCUCAGGCCAGCUGUAGCACCAGUGGAAAUGAAUGAAAGCUUUGUAAAUGGCUUUACCCAUAAAGCUGUGUCACUGUUA